AUGACGGUCCCGCAGCUAGAAGAAAUAGAAAACCUAACAGCAUUGACAGUAGUUAAUGAUUCGAAUUCUGCCAAGAAGCCAAAUUUAAAAGGAGAUUGGUUAAAUGUUUUUCUGUUGUUAUUACUGUAUACGAUGCAAGGCCUACCACGUGGCUUAGCAUUGGCAAUGCCGAUAAUUUUGCAAAGCAACAAAGAUGUGUCUUACAAAGAUCAAGCUCUAUUCAGUUUUGUUCAUUGGCCGCAUAGCUUAAAACUGAUAUGGGCUCCUUUGGUAGACGCGCUGUACGUACAAAAGAUGGGAAGACGAAAAUCAUGGAUCAUACCGGUUCAAUAUUCAAUUGGAGCAUGUUUCGUUUAUAUGGCUAUCAAUAUCAAUAAAUGGUUGCCGGAAACGGGUAGACCGGACAUACUAAAAUUGGUAUCAGUAUUUUUUUUUAUGAAUAUCUUGGCCGCCACGCAAGACAUAGCCGUCGACGGUUGGGCACUGACGAUGCUCAAGAAGAAUAACGUAGGCUUUGCAUCUACAUGCAAUGCAAGCGGUCUAGCGAUUGGCAUUAUUAUAAGUUAUGUUUGUUCCAUCUUGUUGACGUCAGUAGACUUUAGCAACCAGUACUUAAGAUUCAGUCCAGAUGUGGGAGGAGUAAUCACUAUGAAAUGUUUAUUCUAUGUCUUGGGUAUAUUUUUUAUAUUAAUAAGCACCUUGAUUGCAAUGUUUAAAAAAGAAAAAGAUAACAGAUUAGAAGACGACUACGUAAAGCUCAACAUUGUUCAAAACUAUUUGCUGCUAUGGGACAUUUUAAAACUACCUAGUAUUCAAAUAUUGACAUUAACGUUGCUGACAGCAAAGGUAAAUAUAUUUAGAAAUUAG